AAGAUGGAGACCCACAUCUCGUGCUUGUUCCCGGAGCUGCUGGCCAUGAUCUUCGGCUACCUGGACGUGCGGGAUAAGGGGCGCGCGGCGCAGGUGUGCACGGCCUGGCGGGACGCCGCCUACCACAAGUCGGUGUGGCGGGGGGUGGAGGCCAAGCUGCACCUGCGCCGGGCCAACCCGUCGCUGUUCCCCAGCCUACAGGCCCGGGGCAUCCGCCGGGUGCAGAUCCUGAGCCUCCGCCGCAGCCUCAGCUACGUGAUCCAGGGUAUGGCCAACAUCGAGAGUCUCAACCUGAGCGGCUGCUACAACCUCACCGACAACGGGCUGGGCCACGCGUUCGUGCAGGAGAUCGGCUCCCUGCGCGCCCUCAACCUGAGCCUCUGCAAGCAGAUCACCGACAGUAGCCUGGGCCGCAUCGCCCAGUACCUCAAGGGCCUGGAGGUGCUGGAGCUGGGGGGCUGCAGCAACAUUACGAACACCGGCCUCCUGCUGGUCGCCUGGGGCCUGCAGCGCCUCAAGAGCCUUAAUCUCCGCAGCUGCCGCCACCUCUCGGACGUGGGCAUCGGGCAUCUGGCGGGCAUGACGCGCAGCGCGGCCGAGGGCUGCCUGGGCCUGGAGCAGCUCACGCUGCAGGACUGCCAGAAGCUCACCGACCUUUCCCUAAAGCACAUCUCCCGGGGACUGACGGGCCUGAGACUCCUCAACCUCAGCUUCUGCGGGGGCAUCUCGGACGCGGGCCUCCUGCACCUGUCGCACAUGGGCAGCCUGCGCAGCCUUAACCUGCGCUCCUGCGACAACAUCAGCGACACAGGCAUCAUGCAUCUGGCCAUGGGCAGCCUGCGCCUCUCGGGACUGGAUGUGUCGUUCUGUGACAAAGUGGGGGACCAGAGUCUGGCUUACAUAGCGCAGGGCCUGGACGGCCUCAAGUCCCUCUCUCUGUGCUCCUGCCACAUAAGUGAUGAUGGCAUCAACCGCAUGGUGCGGCAGAUGCAUGGGCUGCGCACGCUCAACAUCGGACAGUGUGUGCGCAUCACAGACAAGGGCCUAGAGCUGAUUGCCGAGCACCUGAGCCAGCUCACCGGCAUAGACCUGUAUGGCUGUACCCGCAUCACCAAGCGCGGCCUGGAGCGCAUCACGCAGCUGCCCUGCCUCAAGGUACUCAACCUGGGACUCUGGCAGAUGACGGACAGUGAGAAGGUCAGGUGAGGGCGGCAGCAUCGCUCCCCUUGUCCCACCCAGUUCAUCCUCCCGUCACCACCAUGCCCCCUGCCCCCCUUACAGAUCCCUGCGGAGAUGCCAUGGGGACAACGACGCCGCGCUUGGGGCUCGUUUCCUCCGCCCUCCUCAGCACCCCUGCCCACAGCACCCCAUUCUCCUCGUUGCCUCCAGGGCCCCUCUGCCAGCCCUGCCGUGCUCCCCAUCUUCUUCCGGGAUGGAGACAUGAACUCAGCUACUUCCGCACCCGCUCUGCAGGGGCCCGGAGGACUGGCUGCGCGGCGGUACCGACCCCGCUGCGUGGCGUCUGGAGUGGGGGAGGGGUGGGGAGUGACUAGUCCUUUCAGCUCUGGGGGGUGAGGAAAGUGUCUGCCUUCACUUAAGCUUUCAUUUGAAUACUGUGAUCUGGUGGUUAUUUUGAAACGUAUAAGAAGCAAACCCAACCCCAACGGCCUUCCACCCUGCUCCCUCCGUGACCCCGGCUUCUUUCGCACUGCUGCGCUAUUCACCCUCCGCGCAGGUCCGGGCCCUCGCUAUCCUUUCUUAAGAAAUCUGAAAUCAUGGUCCUUUUUUUUCUGCUGAAUAUAUUCUAUAUAUAUAUAUUAUAUAUAUAUAAAUUAUAUAUAUAUAUAUAUGUCUGGCUACCUCGUUUUAGUUUACUUUUUUCUCUGAAGCCCUGGAAUUCUACAAGAGAGAGAUUUUGAGACUGAAACAUUUUUGUGCCUAGACUGGAAAGAUGCCCAUUGGGUUUGUACAUCUGUUUUGUUCUGGCUUCUUCCCAAACCCCAUCCAUUCCGUGUGUCCAACUUCCACAUUCUGGCUAUAAUUUCCUUUUUCUCCCUGUCCACUGGGAUUUGAGGGCCCAAGGGUGUUCCUAAAUCUUGACUUAAUUUAUA